AUGUCGACACUGGACUACUGCACCUCGCUCCUGGCAGGUCUGCCUCUGAUCACCAUUCCACCUCUACAACUGAUCCUGAAUCCUUCUUCUCUUCACACUGCUUUUAGAGCACAAAGUGUGAUGAGCAGGAAGAGGAACUGCUUGAACCGCUACAGACACAGUACCAACUUCACAGAGAAGCAGGACUGUUUUUCUGUUCUGUAUGCAGUUGAUGCCGUUCAGUCACAGAGGUACUUUAGUCUUAAACCUGGAUCAUCUGUCACCAUCCCAUGUCAUUAUAAUAGGGAAUAUAUACAAUAUAAGAAAUACUGGUGCUCUGGUACAUAUUUCUUAACUUGUGAAAUUCAGGCCUAUACCUAUCAUAGUAAUGGGAAAGUUAAUGUUACUGAUUACCGAGCUGAGAGUUUCUUUACUGUGACUCUGGAUCAUCUCCAGACAAAAGACACUGGAUGGUACUGGUGUGGUGUAGAGAUAGAUGGAUCAUUAGAUGGUAGUGAAGCUCUUUACAUCACAGUGAAAUCAGAUCCUGAUCUGUCAGUGAGGGUGAGCAGAGUGAGAGGUGAGGAAGGAGGCAGCAUCACAGUCCAGUGUCUCUACAGUGCUGAGUAUCAGAAUAAACAGAAGCAGUGGUGCAGAUUCAAAGAUGGACAAUGCAACACAGUGGGGAUUAAAACAUCCCAUAAUUCAGCAGUGUACAUCAGUGAUGACGGGAAAAGAUCCUUCAGUGUGACAAUGAGCAGACUGAAGAAGAGUGAUGCUGGAUGGUACUGGUGCAGUGCAGGAGAUCUGCAGAUUCCAGUUCACAUCAGUGUCAGUGAUCCA